CAUGCGCCGGAUAAACUACGGAAUCGAGGCGAGAAAACAUUUUUAUUAUUCUGAUACGGAGCUUCAAGAGCUCCAUGCUAAUAUGAACAACUCAUCAAAUGAGGCACACUUGGCUUCCGAAAUCGCCAGAUUCGCUGUACCUUUUGUUUUUCUAAACAUCUUUAUUGUUGGAGUAAUAGGAAAUGGGACUUUGGUUUUUACUGUCUUCCACAAUAAGGUUCUUCAUAAUGCUCCAAACAUACAUAUUGUAUCUUUGGCAAUUGGCGAUUUACUUUUAAUUGUUAUCACGAUACCAUUUACGGCAACUAUCUUCACUUUUGAAAGCUGGCCAUAUGGAGUAGUAGUCUGCAAGCUAAGCGAAUAUCUGCAAACUUUGUCUGUCGGCGUCUCCGUGUUCACUCUGACGGCGUUAAGCGCUGAUCGUUACAACGCUAUCGUCAAUCCGAUUAAGCAUGUCAAGAAAGUGUCGCCCGUAAAAUUCGCUUUAAUCAUUGCUUCUUUAAUUUGGAUCGCCUCUGCCCUUCUUGCCCUUCCAGAUGCUAUCUUAUCAUCAGUUGAGGAUAUGGGUGGUAUCUGUAUAUGUAAAAAAUAUACUUCGACCCAGCCUAACUGGUAUCCGAAAGUGAGGGUGAUAACAGAUUUUACACUCUACUUCAGCGUUCCUCUCCUAGUCGUGUUCGUGUUCUAUGUCCUGAUGGCUAGGAUGCUGACAACAAGUGCCAGGGGAUUACGAGAAGGGCAAGGUUCGUCCGACAGGGUAAAUAAACAAAUGGAUUCGAGGAAGAAAGUAGCCAAACUAGUUUUGGCUUUUGUUCUUGUCUUUGCUGUUUGUUGGCUACCAAGACACAUCUAUGUAUUUUGGUAUCAGUUCGACGAAGAGACAAUGUCUGUGUUUUGGUUUUUCUUCAAGAUCUCUAGUUUCUGUCUAGCAUUUAUAAAUUCAUGCGUCAAUCCAAUAUCGUUAUAUCUUUUAUCCAAACAAUUUAGGUCCUAUUACAACCGUUAUCUGUUUUGCUGUUGUAACUCUAGUGCUUAUAGAAACCACGAAACAUUGCAAAUGAAAUGUCGAACGCAAAUUCGUCCAACAACAAAUAGUACAACAGCGUUUAGUUUAUUACAGACGACUAAUGUCGAUAAAUGACGACGAAAGUUGGAAAAGGUUUCACUGGAGAACGAAGAAAGAAAUUUCUGUACAUAAGUAUUGAUGUUGUGCAGUCAGCCCUUUCGAAAGUGUACGAACAGGAAAUAAAUAUAUAUGUAUAUAAAUUAUAUAUGCUUAUAAAUCUUGUUUAUUUACAGAUGUAUAUACAGAUAUACAUGUAUUAUAUACAUAUAUAUAUAUA